AUGUUCGCGUGCGACGCGCAACCUUUGCCCUUGCGCGUCUGGGACGCACAUGCGCGCUCCAGACUGGUUAGGCCAAUCAUCACCCUGUGGCUGAUUCACACAAAGCUUGCUCUGGGCCCUUGUGAAAAUUCUCGCACUGAACAUACACACACCGGAAUCCGCCUCGACCGCGAGUGGACGCAGGGAGUGUUGUUGGCCUUUGUGAUGACCCCGCGCUCUCACAUGGCCCUCACGGUUGAACGCCAUGACAGCCCGAGUGGCAACUUCCUCCUAACUAUCCUCCAAGCCUUCUGUAUAGAAUACAUUGUUCAUAACACUCUGGACUUUCCCACGACUUCGCUCUUCUCCUAA